AUGAUCGAUGAACUUUUGUAUGUGAGUCGAAGUGUAGCAGUAUCCUCUCCGAGUAUAACGUAUGAACAAACAUUACUAAAUGUACCAGAAACUCGCGUAACAGCCAUACAAAAUGGUUUAAGAGUAGCAUCAGAAGAUUAUGGACUUCCCACAUGUACAGUUGGUGUUUGGAUUGAUGCUGGAAGUAGAUUUGAAACAGAUAAAAAUAAUGGCACAGCACAUUUUCUCGAACACAUGGCAUUUAAAGGUACAAAUAAACGUACUCAGUCGAAUUUAGAAUUAGAAGUAGAAAACUUGGGUGCACAUUUAAAUGCAUAUACAUCAAGAGAACAAACAGUUUACUAUGCAAAAUGUUUCAGUAAAGAUUUACCGCAAAUUGUUGAGCUAUUAUCUGAUAUCAUCCAGAAUAGCAAAUUUGGAGAAGAGGAAAUUGAACGCGAGCGUUCAACAAUCUUGCGUGAAAUGCAAGAAAUAGAAAAUAAUUUGCAAGAAGUUGUUUUUGAUUAUUUACAUGCAACGGCCUAUCAAGGAACACCAUUAGGAAGAACAAUAUUGGGACCAACAGAGAAUGUAAAAUCGAUCCAGAAAGGAGAUUUAUUAAAAUAUGUUAAUACUCAUUAUAAAGCACCUCGAAUGGUGUUAGCUGCUGCUGGUGGUAUUAACCAUGAACAGUUAGUUAAAUUAGGCGAAGAACAUUUUGGAAAAUUGAAAGCUGGUUACGAAGGAGACGUACCAGAUCUUUUACCAUGCCGGUAAGUCUUCAGCUAAUUCAUCAAUACACGCUAAAAAGCUAAAAGCUUCUCCUAAAGCUUUUGAUCAUUGUGAGUUUUGUUAAAAUGUAAAGUUAGCAGACGAAACUUAAAACCAUUCUAUACAAGAAUGUUCCAACAUCAAAAACUACUAUCCAUUUGAAAUUGAACGAGCAGUGGCUAUUUUCUGAAUAAAGCGAAAAUGAAAUGAAGCGAGAUGAAGUCAUGUGGUGUUCACCAUUCGAAAGCAGACAUCUGAGGGUGUCUUUCCAUAAGAGGAAACAUUUUGAAGAAAAAAACUGAUUUUCGACUAGGUCGCUGGAAAACUAUUUCAUAAAUUCAUAAAUUUAAAUAGAAAAGUGUUGAUUUCUUUUCAUGAAUAGGUAGUUCAAAGUGUCUUCUACAAAAUGAGAACUAAGCGGUCUCUGAAUCUGCCGUAGUUUAGACCUGAUAUUGGAUUUCCUCGAAGUCCAAGGAUCGAUAUUUUCUUAGGUAUAGUAAUCUCGAAAAUGAAUGGAGGAACACAUAGGUUAUCGACCACGCUGAGUCUUAUAACAGCGUUUGCUUCUUGAAAAAUGUUCAGAAACCUAGUAAACGCACUAAAUUAGGUGAUAUAUCCCAUUUUUGUCUAUUUUCACUGAAAAUUAGAAAAUUCAUAAUUCACUCAAAAUCGAUGCAAACUACAUCAGCCUAUCAAGAUCUACUCUAUUUUAUCUGUUCAAUCAGAUUCUGUAGUAUGAAGUUCCUAAUUUUCGGUGAAAAUAGGCAAAAAUGGGUUAUAUCACCUAAUUUAGUGCGUUUACUAGGUUUCUGAAC